CGGGAACAAAACUUUAGCUCGGAGAGUGCAAUUUUUCUUGCGCCUUUUGUCAACGCGUGUACUCACCUGCCUAUCUCUGCACCCUUCAAGCCAGCCUGUGCAAAAUGGCGGUCGCUGUGGCUAAGGAGGAGAUGGAUUACACAAUCAAGCCCGAGGCAAGUGCCUCUAACAUCGAUACGUCGGAGUGGCCGCUUCUUCUCAAAAAUUAUGACAAGCUCCUUGUCAGGACUGGGCACUUCACACCCAUCCCUGCGGGUUCCUCGCCUCUCAAGCGUGACCUGAAGUCGUACAUCAACUCUGGUGUUAUCAACCUUGACAAGCCUUCGAACCCCUCGAGCCAUGAGGUCGUUGCUUGGAUGAAGAGGAUUCUCAGGGCGGAGAAGACCGGCCACAGUGGAACCCUUGACCCCAAGGUCACUGGCUGCUUGAUCGUCUGCAUUGACCGCGCCACCCGCUUGGUCAAGUCGCAACAGGGUGCCGGAAAAGAAUAUGUCUGUGUGAUUCGCCUCCACGAUAAGAUUCCCGGCGGGGAGGCCCAAUUCAAGCGGGCCCUUGAGACAUUGACCGGUGCUCUUUUCCAGCGGCCGCCACUGAUCUCUGCCGUCAAACGCCAACUUCGAAUUCGAACAAUUCACGAGAGUAAACUUUACGAGUUUGACAAUGAGAGGCAUCUCGGUGUUUUCUGGGUCAGCUGUGAAGCUGGAACCUACAUCAGAACGCUCUGUGUUCACCUGGGACUCUUGCUCGGUGUCGGUGCACACAUGCAAGAACUCCGCCGUGUUAGAAGCGGUGCUAUGGAUGAGAAUAGCGGGAUGGUUACCUUGCACGACGUGCUGGAUGCGCAAUGGAUGUACGACAACCAGCGGGACGAGUCUUACCUGAGGAAAGUCAUCAGGCCGUUGGAGACUCUCCUUACGACCUACAAACGUAUUGUGGUCAAGGACAGUGCUGUUAAUGCAGUCUGUUACGGCGCUAAACUCAUGGUUCCUGGACUUUUACGCUUCGAGGCGGGUAUCGAGGUCAACGAGGAGGUCGUGCUCAUGACUACCAAGGGUGAGGCCAUUGCGAUUGGUAUUGCUCAAAUGUCAACCGUUGAGCUGUCUACCUGUGAUCAUGGCGUUGUCGCCAAGGUAAAGCGUUGUAUCAUGGAGCGCGACCUGUACCCUCGCCGUUGGGGCUUGGGACCUGUGGCUUUGGAGAAGAAAAAGCUCAAGUCCGCGGGAAAGUUGGACAAAUAUGGUCGGACUAAUGAGGCCACUCCCUCCAAAUGGAAGAAUGACUACAAAGACUACAACGCACCCGAAGAAGCUACCCAAGCAGGAGCUGAGCCUGCUAGCGAAGAGACUACCGCCGCUACUCCUGCCAAGCCUACCGCCGCUACUCCUGCCAAGCCUACCGAAGUGCCAUCAUCGCCGGAGACCAAAAUGGAGGUGGACGACUCCAAUGAUGACGAAAAGAAGAAGCGCAAGCGCCAUGAGGGCGAAACACCCGAGGAACGAGCCGAACGUAAGCGCAAGAAGAAGGAGAAGAAGGAGAAGAAGGAGCGGAGGAAGUCCAAGCAGGAGAAGGACGAAAGUGAUGAUAGUGAUUAAGCACAUUCGGAGAGGCCCCUGCCUACCUCAGACCGGGAAUCCUUCCUUGGCCACACUGCUACUCCGUACUGCAUCUUCUUUCUUCUGCCUCCGCUUGUCGGUGCGUCGCCUGGGUAUGGUUCCUGUAACAUACUUGUUUCUUUGUGUCGGAGUCUGGGAUUUGAAAAGGGAAUCAAUUUUACUAAACAAAUGUUUGUCGUGGUUUUGGCUGUCGGAAGUUUGUUGUUUCAAUCUCUAAUUUUUUUCCUUCAUUCCUUUUUUUCAAUUGAGUUCGAGUAUCUGCCUGUACUGCCUAGAUACUCUGUACUUUAAGUUGCGUAGGGGUGCUGCGCCCCGUGACCUUGGGGCCCGUGACGCGGGCGGUGUCUUCACACGCACGACUUCAGGCCGUGCCAUCUGUUCCACGGAGUACACAGC